GGAAGUUAAGCUCAUUUCUCUUAAAUCUACCACAAAUACCACAUUGGAUUUUUGAAUGUCAUUGUGUUUUUUGGUGUUUAAAAGAUCUCUAUGAUAUUACUAUUAUACUGUGUUAUCUACCUUUUAAAUAGUCACAUGCUGUUAGCAGUGACGCUGUGUUUAAACUUUAUCAUAAUGGGCUUAACUUUUGAUACCAGUGUUUUGGAUAACAAUAAUUGUCGAUAUCGCUUGAAAUCGAUUAUAAUUCAUUGAAUUGUUGUGUCAUUUGAAUGUGUGUGUCUAAUAACAGAAAUCGAAAGUUGAAUAAUUUACAUAAAGUGGCAAUCAGUAAAACUCAUUUUUCAAAUCAUGUGGGAUGGUGUUUUGUUGUGUACAUCUUUAUGAAAAGGAUUUCAUUUGGUAAUUAUCGUAAAUAAUUACUUGACGGCACUUAACUCAAAGUAACAGCUUCCUGAAGAUACAGACUGUUUGAUCUGUGUCGGACUGGUGUAACAUAGAAACAGACUGGUUAACUGAAUCACAUAACAGUUUUCACCUGAUGUUCCAUGAGUCUUCGUGAAACUGAAUAAUGCUGGAAGGAAACGGAGGAGAGUUAAAUUGGAAAUGGAACAAAAGCCAAGUGAAAUCUAUAGUGGUUUUAGACAGGAAAAAUCUGAAAAUCAGAAAAUUGAUCUAGAAUCAAGGAAUUUAAAAUUCUUUAAAGAAGAUAUUUUUCAAGUUCCAUAUGAAAAAUUGUCUGAUUCAUCAAAUUAUAAGCAUUUCCAGCAUGUUUUUGUAGAUUCAGAUGAUUACGAGGAUUUUAAACAAGAUUUGGUUAAUUUUCAUCAUUUGAGAAGUAGAUGGAAAGACGACAGAAGGAAAGUAUCUAAAGAAAGACCGAGUCGACUCAACUCCCUUGUAGAUGACAGUGACAUAAUAAAGUUUCGUGAAAGUAAAGGGAUAGACUCCAGUUUGAAGAAAGAAUUAGAAGGUCUCUGUGGCGAAGGUGAGCAUAUUUAUGAAGAAAUAGAUGAUGUUAAAAAAGAAGUGGAGAAGUUAAAAGCCAAAGAACUUAAAAAUACUGAACCAAAAGCAAAGUGUGAAGGGGACUGUGAUUGUUUGGACUUUGCUCUCGAGUCUUUGCCAAUGAUGGAGUUCUUCCAAAAUGAUGAACAUUUUCUGGAGUUUGACAGGGUUUUUGAAACAGUGAAAAACAAGCGUAGAUACGCAAGUAGUUCUAGUCUUGAUAAAUAUCGAUGGUCACCUCAUUCUGAGGGACACAAAUCGGACGAUUCGUCAAGUGACACAGACACUGAAAACGAGGAUGGAGGGGAAGAAUUUCCCGAAUUAAAAGUUGAUGACAUUUUUGCAGAUUUUUUUGACAAUGAUGCUGAUUUUAAAGACUUUGAAAAAGAGUUUGAAAAUUUCCAAUUUAAACGUAGAUCAAACUGUCUAGAACGGUGGCAUCGAAACUCUGUCUGUGAUUUAGUAGAGGAUUUAAAAGCAUUCUGUGAUAAAGACGAACAAAAUGGCUCAAAUAAGGAGAAUAAACUCAGUCUUCCAAAAUUGUGGAAUCAGGGUGGGGAAUGGGAUUAUAUAUUUAAUAAAAUUUGUCAAAAUGGAAAAGUGCCAUCAGUGAAUUCGGACACCUGUAGGUCAGACUUGACAGUUACUUGUGAUAGUGAGAGUGGGAAUUAUUUACUGGACGAUGUUAGUGAUGUGUCAAAUCGAGACACAGGGUAUUAUUCUGAAGCCAAAUUUAAUGGUGAUACACCAGAAACUUGCACAUGCCAACAACAAUCAAAAUCAGACUGCCAGUACACAUGUCACCACCAGUGUCUACCUUCCAUCCAACUGGAAUGCAAGUGUAUGUCACAUGACCAGGAGGAUGAGGGCACAGUGUUGUCAGGGGAGACCACUCUUGCAGACCUUGCAGCCUCAAGUCAGUCAGCUGAGCAGUCCGAACCUGCAUCGGAAAAGGAUGAGACAGACUCAGGUUAUCGCUCAGGAACGAUUCCGGACGAAAAGCUACCCCCAAAACCAAGCGAUGCCACGUUAAACCGUGAGGAGUUGAAGAAACGAAUUUCAGAGUUCAACAAGCUGGUUCAGGGAGCUAAUUUCGCACUGUUGGACCCAGACAGGGCAUUCAAUGAUGAAGAAGCGAGCGACUGUCAGACAGAGCCAUUCCAAGGUUUCAUCAAGGUAGUGCUGAAUCUGGUUCGACCAAUCAGCAUGAGCCUUGGGGCACGCCCCCCGUCCAUAUAUGAGGUUCUUACCCAGGAACACAUAGUGGAACACAACACGCAAAACAUCUCCUUCUACAUGCCGCGGGACACUGUGCGAUCCAUACAUGCACAUAGUACCCAGUCGACGAAGGAGGUGAUCAGUUUGCUGUUGAAGAAGUUCCACAUCCUCGACCAUCCCAGGAAGUUUGCACUCUACGAGCAGGAACUCAAAAACAACAAAAUAGCGCGUAUCCGGCGAGUCAAGGAUAUCGAGUCCCCUCUUGCAAUCUGUCUCAGCUGGGAGUUUGAAAACAUCCACAAUCACAGACUGGUUCUGCAAGAAAAUGAGACCGGAGAAAUAGAUUGGGAAGCGUUCUGUGUACCAGAGUUAAACAAUUUCCUGCGCGUGUUAGACCGGGAACAGGACGAGUAUAUGGCCCAGCUGCGCUACAAGUACAAGGUCAUGAAACGCCUCAUACUGCAGAGAAUGAAGGAACUUCGGCUGGAAACGGAGCGCCAGAAAAGAGCGUCUGUGGUCGGGGAUGAGUCAACAUCGUGAAGCGUGUUGAGGUUGAGAAGAGGAAGAUGAAGGACUGUUGAUUGUAGACAUGUGGGGGUAAAAAUGAAAAAUGACAUUCACAUGAUUGUCAAUAGAUCCUGAAUAUAUUCAUCAGGUCUGGUGUAUACUAAAUUGGGCUUGUUGUUCGUAUGUGGCUAGUUGUCUGUGAAUUUGACAAAAUAGGUCAGUUGCAGUCAAAUGUAAUUGGCCAUUAAAAAUGGACUUAUACUCAGGCAAUGGUGGCUAUAUAACUGGACAUAAUGUAUAUAAAUGCCCCAACCACCUCUCAAAUGAGGAAGUAUCCAAAUGUGUGAUAUUGGAAGUGAUAUUGUACUGUUGUUAUAGAAUGGAUCUACAAUUUGGUUCCUGGGUGACCAAUAGUGCUCAUACAAUGAAGCUGGGCUCAAAAUCAGAGACAAAAAAUCAAUGAAGAUUAUUAUGACUAAUGAGGGUCAUACAUAGAUAUUAUUGUAUAAAAAAACUUAAAAUCUUAAAAACUUCACAAGGGGGAAAAAAUAUGUACAUAAUUUUUUUAAUUGAUCAAUGUGCUAAAAUAGUUUGGUUUUAAAAUGUGUGUAUAUACAUGGAGGUGUUUUAAGUAAAGGGUGAUCUCGAAUAUAUAAUGGUAUGUUUAACAUUAGUUAAGUAUAUAACCAAAGAUUGGUAGAUAAUAGUAUAAUCAAAUGAAUCUACAAAUUUAAUUCUGUCUCAGUAACAGUAACCUGUACAAAAUAAUGAUUAUUAGAAGUCCAGUUCUCACUAUGACUUUCUUCAAUGAACUAUUUGAACUAUUGGAAUUCCUCUAUGGGACUAAAUUUUGCUGACAGCGUCACCUUUUCAUGUGCUUUCAAGUUUCAAAAGUAACGAUCUAUAAUCAGUAUUUAUAUAACAACAUGGAUUCAUUCAUAACGUCGUUGCUUCAAACUUCAUGUAGCACUGUCAUGGAAUUUAAGUCUGCUUUCUAGGCUAGGUAGCUGCUUAAUUAAAACUUCUUAGUCAUUUAUUGCUGUCACUUUUCCGUCUUUUGUUUUAAACAUCAUUCAGUUUUUUACAAUUUAGAAAUGGAAUCAUAUAAACUGUUAAGAUACUAGUAAGUAAUAUAUUUAUGUACAUACAUGUAAAAUAUAGAUCUAUACGGAAAAAGUAUAGCAUGCUAUUUAUAUCUGUACAAUGUAUUCAACUCUUCUACGAUGGUGUUCAUUUUAUUAUAACGAACGUCAAACAAAGUCAAGCAUAAUUUAUUACUGAUCUCUAGUCAAUCUUAACUAUGUUUGUCUUAACUAUGUUGACUUAGAAUUGAUCUUAUCUUGCCAAUUGAAACAUAUACAUGUACAAUGUAGUCUUUAGAAAAUGUGCCCUGGGUAAUUAUACAUUUUUUUUUAAGGUAAGUUAACCUAUUAAAGUCAAGAAUUGAAUAAUCUUUUAAAAUGCAACAUUUGGUUAGCUCUUCUAUUAGGAUGGGUACCGUAUUAUAUCAUGCAUAGGACGCACUUUUUUACCCCCAAUUCUCGUCUUAAAAAGUGCCUGCGUCCUUUCUAUGCUAUUAGAAUUGCAUCUGUUUUUUCCAAGUCCAUUUCGGGUCGAAAAUAUUGGGUCGAAAAUAUUGGACCGGGGAAGAACGCGGUAAUAGUAAGUAUCUGUACUGCGUCACCGAAGAGAACAACUGACAUAGGUAAAAUCACGCAAGUUAACACACGCAGAAAUAUAUUGAAUGUUUACUUUAAAAUGAUUUAUUGAGAAAUAAAUUGAAAAAAAAAUACGAGUGUUUACUUUUUUAUAAAAGGGACGCUACUCACAAAAACUCGAUGUGAGUCAGCAUUUUAACUGGAUUGAGUUAUAACGGCAACGGAAAAUCGGGAAAGGAGGUUAAUAUCAAUUAAUCGUUGUUCAUGAUUUUAAUGUUUCGAUAUUAUACAAAACAUUUUGUUGCAUGUUACUGUUUUAAAAAAAUAAUAAAGGAAUGUGCAUAACGCAAAGUAGCAUAAUUGUCAAUAUCAAAUCUUUUCAAAUGUGCGAAGGUGUGAAAAACACCCGCUGUCUGUCAUAAGAAAAAUGGUUGUUUGUUCGCACUUUACCUGACGUGCCUUCCGCUGGCAAGACUAAUUACCGACACGCAUUAAUUAUGCCUACAUGCUUUAAUCCGCGCAGCGACAAGCCUUAUCAAAACAAUCCUCAGUUCUGACAAUACAGUUUUGUUGCGAUUGCAACGGGUGCAACGGUUGACUGUCAUUCAGAAGGCAUGUCGGGACUAUUGCAACGGUUGCAACGGUUGACUCUCAGUUGGGACUAUUACGGCAUUUGUAUAAGUCUUAUAAUAUGCGUGAAUGUUCUCAAAAUGUCAAGACAUAUAUCUUUGUUAUGUACGCUAAAUUACCAAAAUACGACGAUAAUUAUCGAAAUACACAAGAAAGUUAUCGAAAUAUGCCUAAUAUACAAUUUUUUGUUUGUUUUUUACUUCAAUAUAUGUUAUAAAUACUUUACCAACCUCAAUUUUUCGGCUCCGAUUUUAACAUUUUUCCGCUGCGUCCUAUCUUAUAUAUUAAGGGGUUUUACCCGUUUUCUCAACUAUUUUUUUGCCUGCGUCCUAUCUAUGCUAGCGUCCUAUACAUGAUAUAAUACGGUAUAUUGACUUUGACAUAAUUCAGUGUGUAUAGCAGUGUUUGGUUCAACACUUUACAUGAAAGGUUUCAUAAAGCAUAAUAGGAAAUGAAAAUCUCAAAUGUUUGUAGUUAUGAUAGUAGUGUGUAGAUAUUUAUUCUUCAGUAUUACCAUACUCAUACACUUGGUGUAAAAAAUUAAACAAUAUGCCAUUAAUAUUGUCAAGUUGUACAUGUAUGUGCAACAAUUCAAGUCUGCAAGUCCAAAACAGAAAUAAAUCAAUUUUGUAAACAAAGUUUUCAUGCAAAUGUUAAAUAUAUUUGUAUUGUUCAUUAUCAAUCAAUAAAUGAAGAUGUGUAUUAUGUAGAUUUUUAUCAGACUUGACAUGUUUGGUAUUAAAUAUGAAAAAUAUAUAUACAUAGAUAUGUCCAUAAAAUAUGUACAUUCUUUAGCUGUUUAUGAUUCUGGAAAUACAUAAAAAAAUCCAUAAUUCAAAUUUUGUAAUAUCUUCAUCUUAUAGAUGACACACAUGCACCCCAAUCAGGAUCAUUUUAUCCAAGUUUAAGACCAUUACAGUAUGGUAUAUUUCGACCCAAUGACAAAUUUGGCAAGGUCCAAUUCGGCCUUAGUACUCCAAAUGUUUAAAUUUGUUUUUAAAUAAGAAGAACGAUACAUCAUAUUUUUGUUUUCAAUAGUAUUUACUGCCACAAAAUUGGAUUUAUAUUAAUAAAACACCACGCAUAUGGGAUAAAUGAGUAAAUAUUUCAUUUAUUCAAGAAAAUAUAUGUACCAAAAGAUGGAGAAAUGUCUGAACUUAAUAAGUACUUUUUAGCAAUAUGAACUGAAAUUCCAUGCUAAAUUUACACAAUUUAUUCAACAAAACUUAUCCAUAACACAAAAUUAGGCGGGGUUGGACCAGAUCAAAAUGGUAACUGCACCGAAUCAACCAUAUACCCCUGCACUCAAUCAUAUUUAUCACAUUAGCAGAACAGCAUGUAGAGCUUCUUAGGGCAACUGUAGUCAGGUCAAAUAGGGGUCCAAUUUUUACGGCAUUGUCAUUAUUUAUCAUUUCCCACUUGUUGAUUCACUGGAGUUUAGUUUGUUGGGUUGUUAUUAAACCAUGUGCCUUUAAAUGAGAUUUCAGGUUUUCCAUUGUGUUGGUAGUUUUAGUUGAAAUUGAGAUGAAACAGUCAUAUGCAUUAAUUUUUUAAAAUGAUUAUAAAUUGUAAUGUUAUAAUUUUUGGUAUUUAAGUUUUCUUAAAUUGAAAAAAAAUGCAUUUGAGCACUAUUUCAGCUGGACUGUUUUUAUAUUAUUAUUAUGAAUCUUCUAUGAUAAAAAUCAUGAUUGAAUAUCAUUUUUAAUGGAUAUCUGAAGUAUUCCAAAAUUCAUAAGCAUACAUGUUUUAACAUACUGUAAUUAUAAUGUCAUAAACCAUAAUAGGCAUAUAAGAUAAAAAAAUAAUGUCAUCGCACAAUCAUAACUAUUUCAGAAUGUUCUCAGUUGCACAUUGAAAUGUAAAUUUCAUGGAGUUUUAUUGAUUUGUCAUUUAUGUCCAUUUACAUACACUAGAGGCAUGUUGACUUAUAGACUUACAUGUUGAAAUUUGACAUUGUAUCAUACUCAUCUCUUAUAUCAUGAAUUGUUAGCUGUUAAUGAUUCAAAACUUAAAAAGAUAAAAUAGAAAAAUAAAAUAAAAAAUAUGUAUAUUACUGUA